UCACUCUGCACACAUCCUCAACCUCUGCACAACCGAAAACUCUCCAAACCAACAGACGCGUCAUCAUGUCUGCACUCCAGGGGGCGAUGGCAGCACUGAUUGGGGUGUUUCAUGAACACGCCGGGGGGAAUAGAACUCUCGAUAAAAAAGAGCUGGCUGCACUUUUAAAGAAAGAGUUUGAGGGCUUGGCCUCUAAUAACCCAGAAGCAGUGGAUCAAAUUUUCACUGGUCUGGACAUGGACGGCAGCGGAUCUGUGGACUUCACAGAGUUCGUGACCAUGGUGGCCGCUCUCACCGCAGCUACCAAUGAGAUGUUAUGUGAAAAACCAACCUGAAUCAUAAUGGAAAUCAACAACAUAUUAAACAUUUAACACGUAACACAAGAUGUUAUGUAAAAAAUAAACCUGAAUCAUAAUGGAAAUCAACAACAUAUUAAACACAUUUAACAUUG